AUUGUCAUUGCUGUCAGGUUAACAAUGUAAUAAACAAUGUUGGAAUGAAUAUCCUUCAGAUACUACAAAUCAUAAACAGAACGUAACUUAGAUUGUUAGGGACAUAUAUCGUUGAUUAAUGGCUUACUUCAAUCUUAGAUACAAUGGCGUUCUUAAGUAAUAUGACAUUUCAAAUAAACGGGAGUAUGUUGAAUAAGACGGCGACCAACGACACAAUACAAUCUCAGGGUCUUAAAUGGAUAUCAUUGAUAAUUCUUCUUGGAAUACUAUUCUUUAACCUUUUGGUGGUAGUGCUUUUGGUUUUAAGAAAUCAUAAAUCAAGAAUGCGAUUUUUCGUAAUUAAUCUAGCUAUUGCAGAUUGUUGUGUAGGACUUUUGUUUGUUCUACCUGAAACCCUUUUUAAUGGGUUUGAUGUGCCAUGGAAUCUCUAUGUGUGCUAUAUUUACUACGUAUAUUUCUCAAUGGUUCCUUUUUAUGUGUCAACAUACGCAAUUGUUGUUUUGUCAAUUGACCGUGCAUACGUUAUUGUAAGACCAUUAGCAGCUGCUUCGAAAGGCAAACCUUACCGUUAUGGUAUGGCAUUAUCUGCAUGGAUUAUUGGAUGUAUCCUUGCAAUUCCAUACGGAGUGUUUGGUACAUAUAGUGAAGAGAAGGUAUACUGUAAGCAUGAUUCGCCAAGUUUAGUAUUGCUAUACGCAGAUCUUACCACUAUUAUCAUACUACCAAUCGGAAUCAUAACAGUAUGCUACAUUGUUAUCAUUAUUACAAUACGCGGUCGGGAACGAAACGGAUUCUUGCGUGGUAAAAACAAUGAUGCAGAUAAUGGUUGUGAUACAAAUGUAAGAAAUAACAGCAUUUCAAAGGCAAAGAUCAGGACCAUUAAACUACUAUGCGUUGUUGUAUGUGCAUAUGUUAUUUGCUGGGCUCCAAUUACAAUCGCAGCAGUCCUAAUGCACCAUGGAAUAGCAGAAUAUGGGCUUUGGUUUCAGAUACUCUAUGUACUUGCUCCGGUAAACAGCUUGGCUAAUCCUUUAGUGUUUCUUAUUUUCAACCAGAAAAUGUUUCGUUCUAAAACGAAUAAGACGAAGAAAAAAGUAUUUAGUGGAACAAUUUUUAAAACCGAAACAGAAACAUUAUCAUUGGGUAGCUAAAUAUAUACAGACGAUCUGAUGGUGCAUUUCAUUAUCCAUGUGAGGAACAUGAUAAAAAAAAUAUAGCGUAUAGUUGUGUUAGGUAGUUAAAACUAUUAGCUUAACAUGUUGUGCGCAGACGUGCGAUUCGACGACAAAAGACUCUUCAGUUUAGCUUAAGUAAAAAAUGAUAGAAGUUUAGCCCCAAAAACGACAAAAGAUUAAUCAACAAACAGCUACGAUACAUUUAAAAAAAUACUAUGGUGAAAAAUAAUAAACGCAAUAGACUACCAACACAAAGUCCAAUCCUUGUUGCGGGUAGACAAUUUAGGGAUUUGAAAUUCGGCUUUCCAUUUGCGAACAUGGUCUUUAGAAAUAAUGAUAGUUCGUCGAAAGUGGCCGAUAAAUGACUGGCUCAUGUUAAGUAAGAGCAAUAUCUCUUACACGGAACAGACAACCUUGUAGAUUACAAUACAGAGCAUGUAAAUGCUGCUUCCAGGAAUCACAUGCAUUGGAAACGAUUACAGGGUUAAAUAGAUGUUGUAAUUUCUUUUUUCGCAAUACAC